GAGGAUAGUCGAUGACUGCGGCGGCGCUUUCACCAUGGGAGCGAUCGGAGGUGGCAUUUUCCAGGCUAUCAAAGGGUUCAGAAAUUCCCCGGUGGGUGUGAACCACCGGCUGCGGGGCAGUUUGACAGCUAUUAAAACCAGAGCUCCACAACUGGGAGGGAGCUUUGCUGUCUGGGGAGGUCUCUUCUCCAUGAUUGACUGCAGUAUGGUCAGGAUGAGGGGGAAAGAAGAUCCGUGGAAUUCAAUCACGAGCGGGGCCCUGACUGGAGCCAUAUUGGCUGCGAGAAACGGACCCGUGGCCAUGGUGGGAUCCGCUGCCAUGGGGGGAAUUCUCCUCGCUUUGAUCGAAGGAGCUGGAAUUCUGCUGACGAGAUUUGCCUCCACGCAGUUCCCAAACGGCCCUCAGUUUUCAGACGACCCCUCCCAGUUGCAGCCCUCUCCGUUCGGCGACUACAGACAAUACCAGUGAUCAUCCUCCUCCUCCUCCCAGUUCACGUUGUACCUGAGCUGUCACUGAAAAGGCUGGAGGACCAAGCUGUGGUAUGUCUUUACACCGGGGGUAGUCACAAACCAUGCCGAGAGGACCUUCAGCACUUCUCAGUGUAAAACUGCCCGGGAGAACUUUUAGAAGAUGACAAAUCUAUUUAUUCAUGAUAGAUUCCAUUGCUGUAACGUUAAUCCAUGUCUGAUAGAAUACACGGAGGUUUAAG